UAAAGCGACAUGCACUGGCUCAUUCUCGUCAUGUAGCUACAGAAACCACACUAGGUUCCAUCGCCUUUUGCUCAGUGUCAUCUUUCCACAUGCCUCUACGACUUGAAACCCUUUGAUCUUGGUAUCAGAUAUCAACCUUUAAAUAUUGCCAGAUCUAAAACACCCAUUAACCUGGAGACACAUGUGUCGAGUCGGUAAGGGGCUUAUAUGAGCGAGUCUACAUGUUCACCUCCAGACGGAACCAAAUAAGCCUCUCCUUCUUACACCAAUUGGAUGUGCCCCUUUUGUGUAUGUUUAUCAGCCCCUUUAUUUCGGAGGGCGUGACUCAGGAAACCUUCGAACAAAACACGUUAAAAAGAUUCGGCAAGGUGACAGCAUCAAGUACCCAGACUCCAUAUUCAAAGAAUGUGAAACUAAUUAUACCAAUAGACUUUUCAAUUUAAAGAAACCUCGGGCUUUCUAGAAUGGCCCCUACUACUUCAGCGUCCGUUCUGACGGGCAAGGAAGAAUCGCGCAAUGAUCAAGAGCUAAAACCCGACACCAGAGCUGAGACCUACUCUCAGUUACAUGUUGAGACUGUGAGCGGCAUCAACUUAACAGCAGCCGCCUUUGUUGCGGGUGCUGCGUCCUCCACCGCAGCUGGGCUUGUCCUCUCUGGUCUAUCAUGGCCAUGGCUCAUCUCCCUCGUCAUCACCGUCGGGAUAGUGCUUGUUACCUUCAUUGUCUACCGGCACUUUGAAAUAAUACGGCGGCGUCAAAAGCCAGGUGGCAGCUGGCUCGUCCCCAGCAAUACGCCCCAACCCAAUGCCGCUGGCACACAGGUUCCCAACACCACCUCUCUUCCUGCUGUUUACUUCACAUAUAUACUUGGCUCUGGCGGACACACUGCUGAGAUGAUUGAGACCAUCAAGCAGUCAUUUCGCGGCCAGGCAAACAUCCACCGGCGGUACAUCAUCUCCAUCGGAGACACUUCCUCUCUCGCCAAGGCCCGCCUUCUGGAAGCGACUAUCAAGGACGCCUAUCCCGGAGAAGAUGCUCGAGCAGGCACCUCUGAUAUCUUCUUAAUCCGCCGUGCGCGCAAGGUCCAUCAACCGCUCUGUACGGCACCCUUUACCUGCCUUAUAUCCGCCUUUCAUGCCGCCAAUGCCCUCACACGGAUGCCCAACCCACGGUCGACAAAGGAUCAUGGAAAGGGGUUCAGAUACCCGCAUGUGAUUGUUACAAAUGGGCCUGCCAACGGCUUUAUUGUGUGUUUUGUGGCCCACUUGCUCAAGAUAUUCUACCUCGUACCCGAAAACAGGGCCAAAAUGGUGUACAUCGAGACCUGGGCCAGGUCCAAGACGAUGAGUCUGACGGGGAAGUUGUUUCUAAAGACGGGCAUUGCUGAUGUUGUCGGUGUGCAGCACGAGAGUCUGGCGAGGAUAUUCAAGGGUAGUCAGUAUAUCGGGCCGGUGUCUGCCGGCUUUCUUCAAAGAUAGGCGACCAGGCUCCUGAAUCACAUGUACUUGUACAAAGUCUCUUGCCCUCUCUAUAUGUACAAAGAGACGUGAUAUUCUUACACUUGUGCAU